UUUUGAUGUUUUCAGGCCGCUGUCGCUGCUGCUGCUGCAGUUGUGGCUAGGGGAACCAUCGUGGGGGAGGAUGGUCUGCGAAAAAUGUGAAAAGAAACUUGGUACUGUUAUCACUCCAGACACGUGGAAAGAUGGUGCUAGGAAUACCACAGAAAGUGGUGGAAGAAAGCUGAAUGAAAAUAAAGCUUUGAGUUCAAAAAAAGCAAGAUUUGAUCCAUAUGGAAAGAAUAAGUUCUCCACUUGUAGAAUUUGUAAAAGUUCUGUGCACCAACCAGGUUCUCAUUACUGCCAGGGUUGUGCCUACAAAAAAGGCAUCUGUGCGAUGUGUGGAAAAAAGGUUUUGGAUACCAAAAACUACAAGCAAACAUCUGUCUAGAUGUAUUGAUGGAAUUUCUGACUUUCUAAAUGAUUUUACUUUCUGCCUUGAAUUUUUAAGGCAUGGAUGUAAACUUACAGAAUAACAUGUUUUAAGACAAAAAAAAAAAAAAAAAAAAAAA